AUGAGUUUUAAAGACCAAAGAUCUAUUAAUAAAUCAUCUCUGUCAGAGUUCCUUCUCCUGGAAUUUUCGGAGGUUUGGGAGCUGAAGAUUCUACAUUUUGUUGGAUUCCUUAUCAUUUACUUGGGAAUAGUGGUAGCGAACCUUCUGAUAAUCUCUGCAAUUAUCUCAGAUUACCACUUAAAUGCACCCAUGUACUUCUUUCUGAUGAACUUGGCUGUACAAGAUGUGGGACAAGUUUCUGUCAUUUUACCCAAAUCUAUGGCUAAUGCUCUCAUGAAUGCCAGACACAUUUCUUAUUCUGGAUGUGUCACUCAAGUGCUGCUCUAUAUCUUCUUUGUAGGAUCUGAUUUCUUUCUUCUGACAGUCAUGGCCUAUGAUCGGUAUGUUGCCAUUUGCAAUCCUUUACGGUACGAGAUGCUGAUGACUAGGCAUGCUUGCCUUCAAAUGGUUACUUCUGUAUGGGUUGCUAGUUUGUUCUGUGCAGUAUUACACACUGUAGGCACCUUUGUACCCCCUCUUUGCUGCAAUGUUGUCAAUCAAUUUUUCUGUGAGAUCCCACAUUUAAUAAAGCUUGCCUGCUCUGACUUCUACCCGAUUGAACCUGGAUUUAUUGUGCUAAGUGGUGUGGUUGCAACAAGCUGUUUUGUUUUUAUUUUUAUGACUUAUGUGUACAUCGUCAUUGCAGUAAUAAAAAUGUCUUCUGUGCAGAAAAAGCAAAAAGCAUUCUCAACAUGCAUCCCACAUCUCACAGUUUGCUCUGUAUUUCUGCUGACUGGUUCCUUGGCUUAUUUGAAGCCCACCUCAGAUUCCACAUCACAACUUGAUCUGGCAUUGACUAUGAUAUAUUCCAUUGUUCCUCCCUUGAUGAAUCCAGUCAUUUAUAGCAUGAGAAAUAGAGAAAUAAAGACUGCUCUGAAAAAAAUGCUGGGUCGGAGAUAA